AUGCGGAGCCAACGAGGUGGCAGCGGGUCAGGAGCGACAGGAGCCACCUCCGACGGCCAGGUUUCGUCUGCCUCCAUCUCCACUGCUCCCGCGGAGAGGCCCCCUACACAGGCCGUAUCUCGCCCAGCCGCAGCACCGCGCAAGCCACAGAAGAGCUCCGUCUACAUGCACGGUCCCGUCGGAACAGGCAAGACCAUGCUUAUGGACCUCUUCUACGACCAUGCACGCGGGGCCGGGCUGAGGACGCUGAGGAGGCACUUCUACGAGUUCAUGAUGGGUCUGCACCGGCAGAUACAUCAAAUCCAGCAAGAACGGCCUGUGGAGGUGGCUGCGAAUUCCCUGGCUGACGACAUUGACGUGCUAUGCUUCGAUGAGUUCCAGAUCACCGACAUCCAGGACGCUGCGAUUUUGCCGCGGCUGUUUGAGGUCCUCUUCUUGCGGGGCGUGACUGUCGUCAUGACGUCGAAUACUUCGCCUCAGCUGCUCUACAGUGGUGGCCUGAAUCGACAUGUGCACCUGCCCUCCUUCAUCAAUGUCCUGGCACGGUCCUUGGUGCACAGAUUGCCGUACCUGUACCGACAGAAGUGGGGCCCUUCCACCUUCAUUGUGAGGCAGGGUUAUAUCUUCUCCUUGGGGCCCUCCCUCGUCCAGGUCGACUACCGCCGUCGUGCAGAGGCCGCUGAGCUGGCCGAGGCGGCCCGCAGGGGACGUGCCGAGGUAGCUGGACCUUUUCGAAACACCCGCCCUCUUCUCCCUAUAAAGGCGCUGCAUGGUGCUGUGGAAGGCACUGCCGCCGCGGCCGCGCAAGCGCUUGCCGUCGGCGCGGCAAGUGUGCCGCCGCACGUCAGGCCUAACCGCGGCUCCUCUGGCGCGGAAGGGGUCGAUAUGGCACAAGGUCGCGAGACAAAAAACGUGCCUGUUCUCCAAUUGCUUUCUCGCAGUGUCUGGCUGCAAAACGAACGAACGGAAAUGGAAACGCCGAAGCAACAGAUCAUGGACGAGAUGAACCAGUGCCCAGUCUCGAACACCAUGUGCGUGGGAGGUUACGUGUUGGACAUCGCCAACAGCGCAGAAAGCUUAGUUUUAACAGUUUCGACAACGCAACGUGUGACAGGGUCUGCAGGCUUUUUUGAAGACUAA